UUCUGGCGACCAUGUUUCCGCUGCCGUUUCCGGUCUUGCUGAUUCAUUACGCCGGUCUCCCUGCCGAAGAUUUUAGCGAUUUUAAUGAAUUGAGAACAAACACCCUUUCAAUGUCUCGACUUCUCCGCUCUUUCGCAUCCACCGUGCAAUCAAAAGCAACUGCACUAACGUUGUACGCGUGCGUAUGCCGAUCACUCAACGCCAUCACCAGCAAGAAUUGAUUGCGCGAGUGUAUUGAAUCCCAGGUUUCAACGAUCCUCUUGCACUUCCAGCUCUUCAAAUCCGCGGCAUAAGUAUUGCAAGAUGGCGUCGACGCAGCUCGCCUGCCGGGAAUGCAGCAUGCAGUUCAGCGGGCCCACGCCUUACAUGGACCACCUGAAGAGCGCUAGACAUCAGAAAAAAGUCGCGGCCCACAGACUGCUGGCUGAGAUUGCCGCUGGCGGGGCCCCGGUGAACAGUAGCCCGGAUGUCAUGACGGUGGACCACUCCGUCCGCCGCGAGGCAGCCGUCGACGCAGACUGCUGCGAUGCCCUUUGUCUGCAAGCUGUGCGACGUGGCCAUGAACUGCGAAGACGCCAUGAUCGCGCACACUAAGGGCAAGAAGCAUCAAAAGACGUUACAGAGGGAAGAAAUCCUGCGGCAGUUCGCCUCUACUAAGGGCUCGCCGCUGCCGUCGGCCGUGACAUCACCGCUGCCGUCAGCCGUGACAUCACCGCUGCCGUUGGCCGUGACAUCGUCGCCGCCGACGACAUCGCCACCGCCGCCGACGACGACGCCGAUGUCACCGCCGACGUCGACCAUGUCAGAGCCACCGCAGGAGAAGCAGGAACAGAACGGCGAGGUGAUCGACCUGUCUUGCCGAGUCUGCGGCAUCGUACUCUUCGAGCACGUCGGCUAUAAGCUCGAGCAUCUAGAGACCGAAGCACAUCGCAAGAAGAAGAUGCAAGUCGCCGGAGGGCAGAGGCUCGUCACCAAUAAUGCCCUAAACCCACAAUUGGGCGCUGAGCCUUGCAAUAGGUAGGGACCCGAAAUGAUGACGUUAACGGUGCAUCUGCAAAAUGACCGCUGCCACACCAAGUGCGAAGUUUGUCAUCUGUAUCUUGGGGGAGUAGGAUGGGGGGGGGUGGCAUGUAUAUUACGUAACCAAUAUUUUUUCUUCGUCUAGCAUUUUUAUGCCAUUCGUUGUCGUCGUGCUUAAAUGAGUUGUCAAUAAAUUAUUGUGAUUGGUUCGACGCCUUAACGGUUGAUUAGAAGUGUAAAUAAUACAAAGAAAUACCUAAUAAACUACGACCUCGCGUGUCUUUUUGGCACGUUACACAUUCCAUCGCAGCAAACACA